AUGGACGGUCUGUUAGCUCGUCUGAAGCUAGGAAGUAAACGGAAAAAGAAGACUGCGUCGGUGAAGAGAACCCGUCCGGAGAGUGCUCGACAGACGAGAGAUAUCUCUGGAUCUUUGUAUUCUGAUCUCACCGCUUCCUCUUCUACAGUAUCCGCAACUUCUGCUCCUGAUAUAGUACUGAAAAAAGAUCAGGCGGAUCAAGUGGGAGAAGUAAAGAAAGAAAAGGAGAAAGUGGUGGAACAAGUGGAAGAAGAGAAGAAGAAAUCCGAGAAGGUGGUUGAGAAGAAUGAUGGCCGCAACCUGCUCAACAAGAAGGAGCAAGGACCACCAUCGACGAUCAAAGAGUCCUCCGAAUCCUCGCAGACAAUCGACGACAACGAGUCGGAAAAAGGUGGUGGACAGCUGAAACACGAGAACACAGUUGUCCGAGCGGAUGGUGCCACUGGAAUCGUAUCUUCAUCAAAUUCGUCGACAGCAAGCAAGUCAUCGUCAACUAAUUUAUCAGCUCAAAAACAGGAUAUUGUACGGGUGACACAGACGCUGCUGGAUGCCAUUUCAUGCAAAGAUUUCGAUACAUAUACACGAUUAUGCGACACUUCGAUGACAUGCUUUGAACCAGAAGCACUUGGCAACCUUAUCGAAGGCAUCGAAUUCCAUCGAUUCUACUUUGAUGGAAACCGCAAAAACCAAGUUCACACGACGAUGCUGAAUCCAAAUGUUCAUAUCAUCGGAGAGGAUGCCGCCUGUGUUGCUUAUGUGAAGUUAACACAAUUCCUGGAUAGAAACGGAGAAGCACACACUCGUCAAUCACAAGAAUCACGUGUAUGGUCGAAGAAACAGGGACGAUGGGUAUGUGUUCAUGUGCAUCGAUCGACGCAACCCUCCACGAAUACAACAGUUUCCGAGUUCUAG